AUGGCUCGCAGCGUGCCUUAUCGUGCGGAAUGUUCACUUAAAUGCCGUCAAAUUCAAAACGAUGCGCUCAAUUCCACGUUUUUCAUUGUGAGACAAACAGGACCAACAGGUUUUACUAUCAAAGAUGAACACGAUGAACGAACAUACAAAAUAUUUCUCGGUGAUCAACAUCAAUGUACAUGUUCGACGUUUCAACGAAAUCAGGAUUUAUGCAAACAUAUAUGUUGGCUACUGUUGAAACGAUUUCGCAUACCGAGAACGAAUCCAAUUCUAUGGCAGCGGGGUCUUGUCGAACGAGAAAUCAAUGAACUUCUCCGUGGAUUAUCAUCGGAUGAGGAAGAACGAAGGAAAUUCUAUCGACGUCAUCGAGCAAAAAGCGCCGAUGGAACUAAUUUAAACAAUGAAGUAGAUCAGCGUCCAAUUGGUGAGGAUGAUAUUUGUCCCAUUUGUCAAGAAGAAUUUGCUGCUAAACAAAUGCCUACUACUUAUUGCCGACGUGGAUGUGGAAAUAAUGUGCAUGUGAAAUGCAUGAAGAUUUGGCUAGAUCAUCAAGUAUCGACCGGUGAAAAACUAAUCAAGUGUCCUUUAUGUCGCGAAAUAUUCGGUACAUCGGAGCAUCUAAAAUUGGAAUUUCGAACAAUCGAAGAACAACACAUGGAAAAAUCUUCGGUACAUUUAGGAUUUUCAUGCCAUCGGUGUCGCACCUGCCCCAUCACAGGCAAUUGUUAUAAAUGUACAACAUGCGAGGAUUAUUUUCUGUGUCAAACUUGUUUCAAUAUGAAUAUUCACAAUGAACAUAGUUUUGAUUAUCGAGAAAAAUCAUUUCAACGUUGGAGAAUAGCUGCUCGUGAACAUUUGAUGGCCUUGCCCAACGCACUUCAUCAAAUAUUAGCAAAUCGUGAUAUGAAUGAAAAUAAUUACGAAGCGUUGCUACAACUUGAAAACGCGCAAAAUACAGUAAUUGGAAGUAUUCCCGAAAAUAUUGUGAGAUCGAUACCAACUGAACGUGUCCAUGAACAAAGUCGUCUAUUGGAGCCAAAUGAACAAUGUCGCUUAUGUUUGAGAGCUUAUCAAAUAGGUGAACGAGUUCGACGCUUACCCUGUCAGCAUAGAUUUCAUAUUGAUUGUAUCGACGGUUGGCUUUUACAUAGUCACCCAACAUGCCCUAUCGAUGGACACGUUAUAUGGAAUGCGGAAGGAAGAAAUGAGAAAAAAGAGACUAAACGUCCCUCGACAAGUCUCAAUCGAACCAGAAGUCAUAAUGGAUCACCGUCUUCGAAUCCAUCUCUACUCUCUAUCAACAUGGGGUUGACUGUCGUUCCUUAUCAGAUGCAAACAAGAACGAGUACAGAUCUGAAUGAACGCUUUCGGCGUCUUCAUAUGCGUGCACCACUUCGUUCUUUGUUGUCAUCGUCUCAUUUACCAUUUCAAACUAAUACUCGAACGGUGCGAAGUCGACCAUCGACCAGAAUGAUGUCGACUAGUCUUGAACAAUCUCGUCAUCGAACUAACAAUGAAUUUGACCAUGAAUGGGCGAUGUCAAUUAGUAAUUUCAAUUAUCGACCUUAUGGACAGCGAUGCUCAAGUGCUCAAUGA